AUGACGUCAUCAGCAGCUGGUGCAGGUCCUCCACCGUUUGAUGAACCGCGUCUCACCGCCACCAUAGACACUGGGUAUAACAGACUACUCAGUGUUAGCUGUCUCAGGGAAGAAGUCUGGACAUGUGGGGAUAACAAAACCAUGAAGCUCCUCAACCUCCAGAGUAAACUACUGACAUCAAUACAAACCGAGUCAGGGAACACACCGUGGGGUAUAGCAGUGACAUGGAACGGAGAUCUUGUUUAUAUUGACAAUAGGAAUAAGACUGUAAACCUAGUGAAAAAUAAACAGAUACAGACCGUGAUCACACUGCAGGGGUGGUACCCUCUCUAUGUCUGCAGUACCGCAUCUGAUGAUCUCCUGGUUACCAUGACCAGUGAUGAUUUCAAACAAUCCAAAGUCGUGCGUUACUCUGGCUCCACAGAGACACAAACUAUUCAGUCUGAUGAUCAGGGUCAUCUUCUCUAUUCAUCUGGUUUUGAUAAUAAAUACAUCAGUGAGAACAGGAACCUGGAUAUAUGUGUAGCUGACCGUGGAGCUAGUGCAGUGUUUUUCCAUCAUAAUGCGACAAUUGACAAUCUGUUCGACCUGCCCUAA